AAAUUAUCGUCGCUUGGCUAUUGUGCCGAGAUGGACGAUUCAAUCAACAAUCGGAGCAGUUCGCUCCUGGGGAAUGAGCCAUCGCUCCUCGGGAAAGAGCCAUCGCACUUCCAAAAAUACCCAAAAAUUAAACAAUUAGCUGGCGGACGGGACGCGUUUUGUGACUGCCAACAUGAUGACAUGUGCAACAAGCCCAAAAACAGGCUCGUCCACAUUCUGCCUUACGAGGCCACCCGAGUGUGUCUGCAGCCGAUCAAGGGCAUGGAAGGCUCGGACUACAUCAAAGCCAGUUUCAUCGACGGAUACAAGUACCGCGCUGCGUACAUUGCGACGCUGAUUUUUCCGACCCCUUUUGAGAAAACCAAAACUUUUCCGGAAAGGCGUGUGCGAUACAUCAUUCGAUUGGGCACAUCAAGGAGAUGCUAAAAAUAAAUUUUUAUCAAAAUCGGAUCAUUUUCCAAUUAUUAGGGCAGUUUGAAUUUUAAAAUCUUUUUAAUUAAUGAAAAUUGCCCUAAAAAUUGGAAAAAUGAUCCGAUUUUCAUAUAACAACACCUUAAUUCUCUCUAUUAAGAAACUCAGAACGAAGAUAAAUUA